AGAGUAUACAAAAAGAGCCAAAGCAGGAGAAUCUUAUUGCUCAGUGCUAAUAUACGCUCACUUUUGAAUGUUCUGUCUUGUUUCGUGACUUUCUGGGUCAAAGACCAGAUGUGGUGUGAUAUGCUGCGGUUCUGCAAGUUGCCUGUCUUUCCUUCGAGCAAUAUGAAGAUUGAUUUUGCCCCAGUCGGCGUGCCCCUCCACAGGAGACUACAGACCGUCGCCGUGCUGCAAUGGGUUUUCUCUUUCCUUGCCUUGGCACCCACGUGCAUCUUCCUGUUCAUCUACCUGCUGUUUACGCGUUACUGGUUGAUCAGCGUGCUCUACUCCAUCUGGUGGUUCUUUGACUAUGACACUCCCGCACGCGGAGGGCGUAGGAUGUCCUGCUUGUGCGGAAUCAAAGUCUGGGACUACAUGCGGGAUUACUUCCCCAUCAAGUUGCUGAAGACAGCUGACCUGGACCCUCGACACAACUACAUACUGGGCUUUCACCCCCAUGGAGUCCUGGUGGCAGGAGCCUUUACCAAUUUCUGCACCCAUUCCACAGGCUUCAAGCAAUUAUUUCCAGGCCUCACCAGCUACCUGCUCAUGCUGCCCCUUUGGUUUCGAGCCCCAUUCUUCAGAGACUACAUAAUGUGUGCAGGUCUGAUUCCAUCUGAUAAAGAGAGUGCCAGUUAUCCACUGCGGCAGAGGGGUGGUGGAAAUGCUGUUGUAAUCGCUGUUGGUGGAGCUCCAGAGGCCCUCGAUGCCCACCCCGGAACGUACAAUGUACUCUUGGCUAAGAAGAAAGGUUUUAUUAAAAUGGCAAUGGAACACGGAGCUCACCUUGUUCCAGUCUUCUCUUUUGGUGAGAAUGAGGUGUUUGAUCAAGUGGGGAACUCAAAAGGAACCUGGCUUCGAAGUGUACAGGAACAGCUGCAAAGAAUCAUGGGUAUCUCCCUGCCACUCUUCCAUGCUCGUGGGAUUUUCCAAUACUCCUUUGGACUCAUGCCAUACAGAAAACCCAUCCAUACCAUUGUCGGGCGGCCCAUCAGAGUGAAGAGAAACGAGAAGCCAACGAUGGAGGAGCUCGAUGCCCUUCACCAGUUGUACAUGGACGAGCUCAGCCAACUCUUUGAGCAGCACAAGACCAACUACGGCGUGGAUAAAGACACACAUCUGAACUUUGUCUGAACAGGGACAAAUUUUACGUUGCUAUUUAUUUUGCAAAGUUGAGAAAAAAAGCAUUUGAUUGGCUCUAUAACCCCAAAUUUAUUCCGGCAUGGUACUGAAGGGUAAAUAAAAUGAUUUUGUCUAUGCAACUAUAGGUGCCCUGCUCUAUGUGUAGAAGAUAUAAGUUUCAACAAUGACAUUACAUCAAGACUUUUUUUGUAUGAGGUUCUUUUUGUAAAAUGACACAAAUAUCUGCAUUGUUACACAAGUUUAGGUUUCCUCUCUCUCAGUUAAAGCAACUGUCUCGGUAUUUGGUAUUUGGUCCUAGCCAUCAUUAAAGACAGUGUCAUGAAAGAAGUUUCUUAAACAGAAACAGAUUUGCAUUUUUCUACAACGAUCACUGCCGUUUUGUUAACUGCUGAUCCCUGAUUUAUUUGUGAUACUUAAAAAUAUCUUAAUAAUUUGACAAACAAUUUUUUUUUAAAUUGUUGAAAAUUGUAAAACAUCUCCAAAUCAAAACUG